AUGACAAGUCCUCUAUCAUCAUUAGCAAUGAGUAGUGGUAAUGGUGAAACCAUUAAUGUUGCUGUGCCUUCAUCACCACCACAACAUGCAUUCAAUGAUGACAAUGGUUCGAAUAGUAGUAACCAUGGUGGUGGUGGUGGUAACCAUCCUCCAUCAUCAUCACUCAAAGAAUAUACAACAGGAGGAGGAACAAAUAGUGGAAAGAAGGGUGGGACGAUUAGUGGUCAAACGGCUACUGGUACAAUGACACCUACACUAGUGACUGGUGGUAUAAACAACUUUAGCAUGUUGGUAGAAGCAAUAAAGAAUGAUGACAAGGACUAUAUAUCAGAGUUUUGUAAAAUGUUAAAUAGUGAUACUCCUCCUCUUCAUCCUCUUCCUCCUCUUCUUCAAAUUGGUGGUGGUAGUAGUCCAUCACUUACAUCUACAUCAGGUGUAGUCACCACCACACCACCAACUACUUCUCCUACACUACAAUCAGCUGUACCAACUUUGACGACGACGACGACGACGGCACUUUCAACUUCUGUUCAGCCGACACCACCAAAUAUUCUUCAAAGAGGAGGUACAACAAAGACAUUAAAGUUGGAUUUUAGAGACUCUGAUGGUAAAUCUGCAAUGCAUUAUUGUAUAGAGUAUGAUGCGUUGGCUUCGUUGGAUCUAUUGUUGCAGAGUCCGUUGGCAUCGGAUGUGAAUCAUCGUGACAAGGACGAUUGGACACCAUUGCAUUAUGCAGCGUUGUUUGAUCGUAUAGAGUGUGCUCUUAUCCUCAUUCAACAUAGUAGUGUCAAUAUCAAUGCAUUGACCAAUGAGGGGUGGACACCACUCCACGUCUGUGCAUGGCGUGGUCAUUCGGAUUUUGCCAACAUGUUGGUUGAAAAGAAUGCCAAGCUGUCCAUCAAGAACAAGCAAGGUCAGACACCACUCCAACUCGCUCACAAUAGUAAUCACACCCAACUGGCUCAAGAUAUAAGUGAAGCCAUUUUAAAUAGAGACGAUGAUUUAAAUCAACAUCAUCAUCAUCAUCAUCAUCACUCAACUUCUCCAAAACCAUCAACUAUGAUAAAUAAUAAUAAUAAUAAUGGUGGAUUAGUAAAUUCACCUUCAUUUAGUGAAGAAUUAUCGACAUUGUAUCAAGAUGUAUUGUCGACUUUGCAGCGAGGUGAACCUGUUCAUCAUUUUGAAGAGGGUGUUAAUUAUAAUGUGAUUCGUGAUAUGAAUGGAGCAACGGCACUUCACUUUAGUGCACUCAAUGAUAUGGUGGAUAUGAUCACGGUGUUGGUUGAAAAGCAUCAUAUGAAUGUCAACUUGUUGGAUCAGUCUGGACGUACACCGCUGCAUUAUGCAAGCUAUGCGGGCAAGAUUGAUGCGAUGAAAUCACUGAUUGGACAUGGCAGUCAUGUCAACUAUGGUAUUGGUAGUCCGCUCAACGACCAACCCACCUCGGUCAACAUGAUCACGAGCAAGUCGAAAAAAGAGUAUGGUAUUGCGGCGAUCCACGAAGCAGCGGCAUCAGGUGACGCCAAAGCAGUGUCGCUGCUGCUCUCGAGUAAUGCUAAUAUUAAUGCGCGGUCGUAUUACGGCACACCGUUGCAUUAUGCGGCGAGUGUGGGUGCUGCAGAUGUAGUACGCUAUCUUCUCGGGCAUGGUGCCGACGCACGCCUUAAAAACGAUCAGGAAAAGGGUGCUGAUCCCAGCCUUGCCAACGAGCUGGCCGAGUCACCACUACACGUCGCGUCGAGUCACGGGCUUGUUGACAUGGCACAGGUUCUGAUUGGACGCGGUGCCAACCUCGAGGCCAAGGAUCGGUGGGGAGAGACACCACUUCACAAGGCAGCCACCUCCAACAACACACGUGUCCUCGAGUUGUUGCUGGGUAUGGGUGCCAAGGUCGACAGCGACAAUCUCGAAGGAGAAACACCACUCCACGUAUCUAUCCGACGUGGUGCAACCGAAUGCGCAAUCUCACUCAUCACCCGUGCGACUACACGAUCAUCACUCGACACAACCAACAAGUAUGGCGAGACACCCCUCCACUAUGCAUGUUCAUCGGGAUCGAUUGAAUUGGCCAUGCUACUCUUGGAAAAGGGUGCAAAAGCACAUGAACAAGACUCACAAGGUGACAUACCACUCAUGGUUGCUCUUCGAAAAGGGUCAACUGAAAUUGCAUUAGCACUCGUUCGUUGGGGUGUUCAAGGUGGUCAACUUCAUCCAUCUUCCUCUACCACAGGACUGGUUGCGUCAGUACCAUUAUCACAAUCAAUGGAUAAAUCAGUUGAAGGUGGAAGUACAACAACAACUGGAACAACGACAGGAUCAUCAUUUUUUAGAGAGGAUAUUGGAAAUAGUCCAUUUAUAACACCAAUGUUACAAACCAAUAAUUAUUAUGAAAGGGCAUUACAUGCAGCAGCUCUAUCAGGAUACAGUGACUGUGUAUUAGCGUUGCUUGGAGUCGGGGCAGAUAUCAAUGAUGCCGAAUGUUUUGGAAACACUCCACUUCAUGGAGCUGCCUACUCUGGAAACUCGGAUCUCGUCGAUAUGAUGAUCACGAUGGGAGCAGAUGUACACCGAACCAACAAAGAUCAAGUCACACCAUUACACGUAGCAGCUCUAUCUGGUCACCCUAGAGUCGUCGACUUGCUCGUCGCAAGAAAUGCCAAUUGCGCCAAAUGUGAUCGAAAUGGCAAUACCCCAUUGCACUGUGCCGCACUUGCCGGGGAUGUAAAUUCUAUAAACCUAAUGUUAUCUACUAAUCAACUUUCCAUUGAUAUUAAAAAUGCUAAUCAAUGGACUCCUCUUCAUAUGGCUGCUUCUGCUGGUCAUUUAAAUUGUACAAGAUUUUUAAUUAAUAAUGGAGCUAAUCCAAAUGUAAAGGAUAUAUCAGGUGAUAUACCUUAUGAUACAGCCAUGUCAAAUGAAUAUUUAAAUCAAUUAGAGAUUGUGUUGGCAUCAGGAUCACCUAGAAGAGUAGAGUAUCUGGGUAAAUUGGGAUUAAAGUUUAAAGUUGUAACAUCAAACUUUGCAGAGGAUCUUGACAAGAGUCUAUACAAAACACCAUCAGACUAUGCAUGUGCAAAUGCUACUAUCAAAGCAAGAGAGGUUUAUAAUCAGUUGAUGAAACAAUACAACGACAAUGACAACAACAACAACAACAAUGGUGAAAAGAAGAAACCAAAUAUAGUUAUAGGUGCAGAUAGUAUAGUUGUAUUGGGUGAUACCAUCUUGGAGAAACCAAAAGAUCGUGAUCAUGCUAUUGAAAUGUUAUCAAAUCUAUCUGGUAAAAAGCAUAAAGGAAUAAGUAUAUUGACAAGAAAACAAGGAGAUAAUAAUAAUAAUAAUAAUAAUGAACAGGAACAACCAACAGUUGAAUCAACAUUUUAUGAAGAGACAACAGUUGAAUUUGAUCAAAUCGAUCAAGCAUCGAUUGCCUACUAUGUCGACCACUACCGUCCUUUUGACAAGGCUGGUAGUUAUGGAAUACAAGAAAUAGCAGCUGCAUCCUUUAUUCGAUCGAUACAAGGUGACUUUUACAAUGUUACUGGAAUGCCAAUCCAUAAGAUAUCCAAACAUCUUUUGGAACUUUACAAUAAUAAAUUGAUUUAA